AUGUUAAGCACUUUUGACACGAUCCUCAUUAUCGAUGAUUCAACAUCAGAUCCUCUGAAUCCACAUAGCGAGGAUCGCUGGAAUAUGGCGAAGGAGGCACUUUCCGGGCUUUUCGAAAUCGCAUCCCGAUACGAUACCGAUGGGGUUGAUAUUCAUUUCCUCAACUCCAAGAAGGUCGGGAAAAAUGUUCGAGGUGCGAGAGAAGUGCAUCGACUCUUCGACACGGUAAAACCAAGGGGAAUCACUCCUAUCGGACAAAAGCUCGAGAAACUCUUGCUUUCGUACCUUGCGCAAAUCGAGAGGGCUCACGAUGAGGACCGGAGACUUCUUUCUGAAGGGAAAGAAGGUCAUAACUUAGAAGCGAUCAAACCCGUGAACUUCAUUGUCUUGACAGAUGGAGCUGCCACGGAUGACCCUGAGUCAGUUAUUGUUAGCGCCGCUAGGCGUCUUGAUGCUCGAAACUUCCCUCUGUCGCAAGUUGGAAUCCAAUUCGUCCAGAUUGGGUCCGAUCGCUCUGCGACACGCUUCCUACAAGAAUUGGAUGACGAGCUCACUACCACUCAUCAUAUUCGAGACAUGGUUGAUACCACCCCAUAUUCACCCAAGAACGGGCAGCUAUCAACGCGCGACAUUAUUAAAAUCCUGGUCGGCGGUAUCAACCGCCGUAUUGACAAGAAAGGAGUACCACAGUGA